CUCUACAAGGCGCCAUUUUCAAGGGACUUUAAUCCGGUGAUUGUGUUAUGUGGUUUGGCUUGUAACAUGAUUUUCUUUUCAUGAACUUUAGUAUUUCUCACAGGCAAGAAUUAGAAGUAGAGACUAUGGUCAUACGCAAAAAUGUUUCUCAAAAUUUGUUUAAGUAUUUUAUAACAUUGUGACAGCCAUUUGCUCUUCUGUGCAGCAUUAUGAGCACCAUCUACUAAGGAGCUUACGCAUUACGAUUACAGGGUGAAAUCUGUCAGUCCUCUUGAAUCGAUGGUAGUGGGAGGCAUCCGAGUGAAAACUCCAACCUCGAAAAUGGAGCUUGUCACGUUUGUAGUUGCACACGGUCUGGAUUGAAAUUCAUCCUGUGAUAUUGAAAAAUUAAACUUUGACAAGGCUGUAACAGACGAGACGUUACGCUCGGUAAUUCCGCGCGCGGAUUACUGCGUGACUUUAACUGAACUUUCAUCGAGCUGACAUCGAAGUUGUUUGCACGCAGUCGGGCGAAAGUGACGUAAAUUUGUAAUGAUUGAAAGGAAGCUUCCUGAGCGAUUCGUAGCCUUCCGAAAUGAAUUGCAAUGGAAGGCCAUCGUCCGGUGGUGAACGUGGAUCAGACGCUCCUAUGGAUAACAAAACGAUUAUCACCUGUGCUGGAGAUGAGGAACUAUUUGCUACUUUGGAAAAUUCUCUGGUACAAAGUCUUCCUACGGAGUCAUUCGAAUGGAGAAGAUCCUUUGGUCGACCAGUAGAGGAUGUUUAUGUGAAUGCCAGAUUUGUACCAUUUUCCAAAGAUAUUUUGCCUACACAAAAAGAUUGGCAUCUAAUUAAACAACCUAUAUUGCAUAUCUAUUGGAGUGACUGUUGUGAUGUUGACAUUUAUAAAACGUCAGUGAAAGAUGACAUAGAUGCUUGGCUUAAAACGUUGGGACAAUAUCAGGUCCAAGACUGGAUGAUUGUUUUGGUAGAGACUUACGAUAUAAAGAAAAGUAACAAAUUACUUCCUAGAACUACAGUACUAGAUAAAAUUCGUAGUGACUUUGCUUCUAAGCAAGGAGACAGGUGCUUGUCUAUAAUAAAUCCAAUUAAGUCUGAAUCACGUUCAGCCGAAUCAUGGAGAGGUUUAAUAUCUCGAAUUCGGUACUUAGUGCUUACUGCCUAUGAUAAAACGCUUUUACGCUUCGAAGAAGUAAUACGGGAACAGAGAGAAAGACGAAAUCAGCCAGGCUGGAAUUUUUGUCACUAUUUUCUUUUGCAGGAGGAACUUGCAUUUGUACUGGAAAUGUUAGGAUUGUAUAGUGAAGCAUUGGUUCAGUAUGAUGAAUUAGAUGCUCUCUUCACACAAUUUGUGCUUAAUUCUAACGUAGGAGAUACUCCAGCGUGGUUAAGUUCUUUCCAAAGUCCUCUUAAUAACUGGAUGGGUGUAAAUUUGGAUAAUACCGUGGACCACAAUUUAAGACUUCUUUUGGCUGAAUGCAAAGCAUCAUUGCUUGAUCUUCGAAGUUACUUAUUCAGUAGACAAUGUGCCAUGCUACUUCUUCUCCACAAGCCUUGGGAGGUUGCGCAGAGGUGCUUAUCAUUUGUAUAUAACACAUUAAGCGAGUUACGAAUGUUGGAAGUUCAAAGGCCAGAAGGCGCAGUUGAGUGCUGGGCAUUUCUCUGCGCACUGGAAGUGAUACAGGCUUGUCAACUUUCGAAUUUAAAUACAGAAAAUGGACAAGAACAAUUAGAUCUUUGCUCUCUACAUACUGCCAGUUUAUGGGCUCUAGCAAAUGAUAAGUUAGGAGACUUGGGAAGAUUGUGCGGUCUUAUGCCCGGUAACGAAUUGACUAGCGAGAAACUACAUACGGUGGUUUACCUAAUUGCAGGAAUGGGAGAUUCUGAGCCUCAAGUAACAGGAAAAUUAACUCCAACUGAUAAACUAAAGGAGGCGCUCUCUUCUAAAGAGGCGUUUAAAAAACAAUAUCUCGAGCACGCUGAAUUGGCAAUGGGUACCUAUAAACAUGUUGGCCGUAUAAGGUCGGCAAGAUUGAUAGGCAAGGAGCUGGCUCGAUUUUAUAGCGAGCUGGGGGAAUUUCACAAAGCCGUAAUAUUUCUCUCGGACGCUUUAAAAACUUAUACCGAUGAAGGAUGGUAUCAUUUAGCAGCGCAAACACAAUUGGAACUUGCUCAAUGCUAUAAAAGAAUGGAUGAUGUUGAAAAAUAUGUUAAAGUUUGCGCUGCCAUCGCCAGCACUGAGUCCUUACACAUUACUGUACGCAGCAGCUACUUCGAAGAGAUGUUCGCUUACAUGAAAAUGUUAAAUGCACCUCAGCCAUUACUUACCGACCUGGCAGAUAGUUUCACGAUACUCAGUAUAGAAGUGAAUGUUACAGACAAAGUGAUACAAGAUUGUGUAGUUAGUGUGGAGGUGAUUGUAAAAAGUUUACUACCAAGGAAUAUUAACUGUAGUUGUGCUGCGAUAUCUGUUGAGGAAAUCAAGAAACCAUUGCAACCAUUGAACAAGAGAAAAGGAGCUAAAGUUUCCGAUGAACCACAGAUUGAACUGUUAUCUAAAUGUACCAUCGAUGAUAUGAAGCCACCUGAUCCAAGUUUAAUACAUUUGCCAGUUUACUCGUACUUAGAUUACAAACAAAAUAAAAGUCUUGGGUCAGCUCGUGUCAUUAAUAAAUCCAGUAAACCAAUUGUAAAACGUUCAGAUAGUGCCAAGCACAGAAAACCUUCUAUAAACGUAAAGGGUGAUUUUAUAAAUGCCUUGACAUGCAAAGCAUUCACAUUGAAACCUGGUAUCAAUACGUUCACAUUGACUAGGCUAGUAGAUCAGCCAGGAAUCUACAAAGUUGGUCAGUUGUCACUCAUCGUUGAAAAGAAACUUGAGUUUCUAUCGCCCAUUCUAAACCCACGAUUGUGUUAUGAGGUUGCUAAGACGCAACCAACCAUCUUUUUGAAAUGCGGUCGAGAUCUUUUAGCUGGCCUUACACAAGAUUUAGAAUUAACAAUAAAUAGUGGUAGUGUCAAGAUAACUGAAGAUUCUACAUUGAAGUUACGUUCAUCAAGAGGGUUGACAUUCCAAUCGUCCACGAAUGGAAAUCUCAUGGUUAGAGAAAUGGUUAUCCCUUUGGCUCCGUGUGAACCUUUUCAAACAACGAAAAUAGAGCUGAAGGUUUUGGCAGAACUCCCUCCAAAAAAAGACUCCUCGUCGAUAGAACACAUGCUGACUGUACAGUGUCCAUGGGAUGCGGAGGAGAGUAUACCUUUACACUUUGCUCCUCCAUUUAUGUCAGACAUGAAACUACAUACUGCCGAACGAAGGAAGUUUCUUCAAAUUAUCGUAACUGGUCUGACUGGUCAGUUAUUACAGUUAACAGAGCCUCAAUUAACGACAAGUGCAUCCAUGGAUAUUAGUUUUAAAAGCUUAAAUCCUGUUGCUGGACAAAAACUUGUAAUAGGCAACAGUAUGAACGUGUCGUUCAUGUGGGAAUUAGAAAUUGGCAAAGACGAAAAAUCCUUAAUGCCCAUCAAGACUCAUUUCUCUAUGAAAUAUGUACCACUCAGUAAUACAGAAGACUCGGACGAACUCAGUGGGGACGAUGAUCCACUUCAUAUUCAUAAGCUUGAAAAAAUGGAGGAGGCUAGCAACGUGUAUCGAUGUAACUUUGACGUCGUUGAUUACGUGACACGAAUCGCAAAUGCGAGGUAGUGACUGGCCCAAGACUGGAACCCUUUAGUCCAGGUCAAGUAUAUAAUGCGAGUAAAGGUCAACAAGUUCACGUGUUACCAGCUGCACCCUUGGAAGCCAAUUGAUCGUUUCACUACAGUGUGGUAAAUUAAUAUUAAAUAGUCAUCUUAUCAAAAGCAAGUUGAUGCAGAAAACAUUAUUUGUCUUCCCUCUGACAUAACUUUUUUACAGUCUUCUGAACACUCGAUCUCUUAACCAGUUAUUCAAUCGCUGUAACAAUUUGUUUUUGAACAGAUAAUACGCUCCCCACGUUCUGCCAUAAGAAACCAAGUAAUAAUACGACAAUAUUUAUAUAUUAUAUGUAAGGAGCAAGAGUUCAAAAUUAAAGGAACAUGAUAAGAGCAGAGAACAGCGAAUGCAAAGAAACAAGAAAAUUUAUGUUAUGCGAUGGAAAGUCCACGUCCUUCAUUAUCGCUAGUUACUUUUUGCAGAACAGGGUCCAUCAUUGAUUUUUUCGCGGAAACGUUUAACGAAGUGUCAUCGGUUUAGACAGUUCCAAAAUUUCUUAAAAAAAAAAUAUGCCUUUUUACAGUACACAUAAUUUAUUGAAAAUCUACUUAAUCGGCCAAUUCCAGUUUUGUACUUACAAUUAAAUCUUUGAUUACGCACAAGAAUGUUGAUUGAUGACAUUUAUCUCUCGAGCUGUCUAAACUAAUGAUCGAUGAGUAUUGGAGAUCCAAAGUAAUUCGUUGAAUAUAUUUAUCAGAAUAGUUAUGUAGUAUUACGUGUAAGAAAUAUUGCCGUACAUAAAACGUGUAUAAAAUUCAUUUGACUUGAAUGGGACAUCCGACUGCGAUGAGAGACAGUGAAAGAACAAAGCAUUCAACAUAGUCAUCAAUAAUCAUUCUACUUAAUAAAACAUUGAGCGACUGAUACUGAUUAUCGAAUACUGGAUUAUAAUAUAGAUAUUUUGUAAACGUUGCCAUGUAGCCUAAUAUGUAACUACAUUAUUCUUUAGGCGUUCGGGGCUACCUCCGCCUUUAUUGUAAAUAGUAGUGACACAAUAAUACUCGGAAGCUGACAUUUUAAUUCGCGGAUCGUAAGGGUGGUUCAGAGAGAACUUUUUUUAGCAUUUUCAUAGAAUUAUUAGUCGGUAAUUAUUCUUACGUUGUAUAAAGUGAUAACACUUGGGUAAGUUUAAUUGGCAGAUUGAAUUUUGAAUUGCUAGUGGGUUGUACGAUAUACGAUGAAAAUGAUAAGUAACUACAAUUUCUACAGUUUCUUCAUUUGCCAAUUUGUACAUACGUGGAAUAUUGUCAAUACCUGGGCUAUGCUGUUGUAUAUAUACAGAUGUACUUUAUCGAGAAUGUUGGAUUAUACGUUUCUUAUGUUUAAUCUUGAAUAACGCGUAUUCUUCCUCGUGGGAUGAUUUGGCAAAUAUGCGGUAAAUUAUGGACCUGCAUUCAUAAAUAAAUGUUUAAAAUACAUACAAGUCGCACAAAAAUAAUAAAUAUUCGAAACGGAAAGCAGUAAAAGGACAUGAUAAUUGAAUGUGAAUUAAACGUGCGUAAUGUAAUAUCAAUUUCCAUGAUAAUUGCCAAUAUUUCUUAGACCAUAGGUUCAGCAUCACAGAAUAAUCAAUUCAGUUGUUACAUCCGCAUCUUAUUAUUACAUUGAUUACCUCAAAUGAUACGUAAGCCUCACAUCCAUGAAUAAAAUCAUUGAAAAAAAUUCUACUUUAGUAAUUAUCAAAUACUAUGAUUUCAGGAAUCAUGUACGUACAGCUUAUUUCCGUUUUAAUUCACCGUCCAUCAAACAAUUUGUAGAUACAGACUCAAUAUUGCUAUAAAUAUGUAAUGAAAUAAUUAAUGUUAAUUCUUUGUCACGGUAUUGCUUCUGCUAAUCGCAAUGAUAAAGUGAUACUAUUAAUCAUGCACACGAUGCCCUAAUCAUUAUACAUAGACCAGCAGUACUCAAAUUGUCAUACAUUCGACCACCUAUAUUGAUUGUGUAUGCAUUGUCAUAGAAAUUCAAAACACCUCGAAUAUUUUCUUCAGCGAAUUUAUUGUUAAGUGCAAUAAUUGAAAUAGGUAUUCUCAAUCUUGAGAGAGUCUUUGUUGCUCCAUUAAUGUAAAAAAACUUAUGGAAAUAACUCAUAUCUAUGGAUUGAAUUAUCACAAUUAUACCAGUUUAUAUGAGCAACAUUAUCUGACACUGUAUAUAAUAUCAUGUAGUCUGCAUGAACGUGCCUUAAAAAUGUAUCAGCUUCAUUGCAGCUCAAAAUUUAAUGAAAUAUUGGAUCAAACAAUUAUUGGAUACUGUGAAGUAUUCCAGUGCAUGCUAUUUCUAAUUGUCUUAUGCUGUUAGAUUUGACCCCUUUCUAUGGAAAGAAAUUAAUGGAGUACAGAAAUGUCUGCAAGUAUGAAAGCAUUGUAUUGUUUCAGUGUGGAAAUGAAAAUACUUGAGAAAUAUUUUUGCAAUUAUUAUAAUUGACUUAAAAGCUAAUUAUCCAUAUUCUAAAGAAAAACAAAUGUGUGACCUGCAAAAACCCUUAAUGAAAUAAUAGAAUUAUAAGUGAGUGGAUUGUUUCGAUCAUUCAUAGGUACAAGUAUUGUUUUGUUAUGAUAAGAGAAACUUUUUGUUUAAUAUAAUACAGUUUAUUCUUUUCUACUGUCGAUCCCAUGACAAAUUUUCACAUUGUGCACUUUGUUUUCCUUUACAUACAAUUGUUAAUGCUCUGAUCAUUAUGAAUACAGCUCUACGUUGUUUUCUGAUUUGCGAA